AUAUAACACGUGGGAACCCGAGGAGAACAUCCUGGACCCCCGGCUGCUGAUCGCCUUCCAGAACAGGGAACGGCAGGAACAGCUGAUGGGAUAUCGGAAGGUGCCUACCUUUGCCCGUCGCUCCAAUGUCCUGACUGGACUCCAAGACUCCUCUGCUGACAACCGUGCCAAGCUGGAGCUGGGCACUCAGGGCAAGGGCCAGGGGCACCAGUACGAGCUCAACAGCAAGAAGCACCACCAAUACCAGCCGCACAGCAAGGAGCGGGCGGGCAAGCCCCCACCCCCGGGCAAGCCGGGCAAAUACUACUACCAACUCAACAGCAAGAAGCACCACCCGUACCAGCCCGACCCCAAGAUGUACGACCUGCAGUACCAGGCCGGCCACAAGGAGGCGCCCAGCCCCACCUGCCCGGACCUGGGGGCCAAGAGCCACCCGCCCGACAAGUGGGCCCACAGUGCGGGGGCCAAGGGCUACCUGGGAGCGGUGAAGCCCCUGGCCAGUGCGACCGGUGCUCCCGGCAAGGGCGCUGAGAAGGGCCCUCCCAACGGGCUGGCGCCUGCCCCCAAGGAGGCGGUGACGGGCAACGGGAUUGGGGGCAAGAUGAAGAUCGUCAAGAACAAGAACAAGAACGGCCGCAUCGUGAUCGUCAUGAGCAAGUACAUGGAGAACGGCAUGCAGGCCGUGAAGAUCAAGUCGGCCGAGGCGGCCGCGGGCGAGGCGCGCUCCCCCAGCCACAAGAAGCGGGCGGCCGAGGAGCGCCACCCCCCUGCUGACAGGACUUUUAAAAAGGCAGCGUCCCCCGAGGAGAAGAAGGUCGAAGUUGCCUCCAAGAGGAGGGAGGAGGCGCCGGGGGCCGGCGACCCUCAGCCCCAGGACACCGGCUCCCGGAAGCUCUCGCCGACCAAGGAGGCCUUCGGGGAGCAGCCUGCAGCGCAGGCCACGGCGGCGGAGAAGCCUCCGGCCGAGGCCCAGGACGAGCCCGCGGAGCCGCUGAGCGAGUUCAAGCCCUUCUUUGGGAAUAUAAUUAUCACCGACGUCACUGCGAACUGCCUCACUGUCACGUUUAAGGAGUACGUGACGGUGUAGCCCGAGGGCGCCGGAAGGGGAAGAGCCAUCGCCCCUCUCCCCUACUUCGGGAGCUCCUGCUGCCCCCGGGGCGGCGGGUGGGAGGUCGGAUCCUGGCGAAGGCACCGCCCCGCCCCACCCCGGCCCUUUCCACGUGGUGCCUGUGUGUCUGGCCCCCACCCGCCCCUUCUCCACGCGAGAGGAGAGCCGCCCCUCUGCUCCCACGUGGACCUCUGGAACGGACAGGGCAGCCUCGCGGCGGUCUCAGUCAUAGUAUUAUAUUUUAACCGUGCUAACUUGUCAGUGCUGACUCCGCCCCCGUUUGUACGUGGUGUUAUUAUUGAAAUGUAUUGUUUGAGCUCAGAAGGCCCGACCACCCCUUCGGGCUGCUAUAUAUAUAUUUAUUUGUAGGUAUUUAUAUAUUGAAAUAUAAAACCUAGAUUUAUGGAGUUUCCUCUAGAUCAUGUUAUAUUCUAUAUCAGACAAACUAUUUUCUGUUGACCUUUCUUCCCUGUCAUUCAGUAUUUCGGUUAUUUCAUUUCCUCCCCUCCUCCCGUUCCAGGAACCGCAAUACCAGUAACCUUGGUAUAUAUUUUUUGAUACUGUACACAUGGGUGUGUUGUUUCUAUGUGCAAAAAAAAAAAGUUUGUUAAAAGGCGAAAGCUCUAGAAACUGCUGCUACUAGAACUGUCUGAACUCUAAGCUUCCACUUAUUACCUGCUUGAAUGUAAAUAUUAAAUGGAGAUGUUGAAGGUGCA